AUGAAAAUCAUUAUAACAAUGCCUAAUUUAAUGGAACGACGUAAAAUCAAGAAACAACUUAUGUCAGCUGGACAAUCGCCAGUUUAUAAUAUUUAUUAUACUGAUUCCGUACCGAUUCAGCAAGUGCCAAAUUUUACUCGAAACUUAGCCAAAUCUUUUCCUCAAGUGAAUAAAGCAUCGUCUUUGAGGACACGACGUCAACCUAAAACUAAUGGCUUCUUUCGAAGAACUCGCCAUUUUGCUAGAGAUAAAAGUUAUUAUUUUGAUGUACCAUUUUUCCCUGGAGAAGAACAACGUCAAAGAAUGGAACAAUACACCAUGUCACAAUCGAAGCCUCCAACUGUUGAAAUAUAUAAAAAUUAUGAACAACCAAUUUGUCCUGAACAGCUUAAUUAUUUGAAUUAUCAAAGGAAUCAAUACGCAAAUGAUUAUCUAUUACCAAAUUAUGGUUACCAUUACAAAAAGUCUUGUCACGCUGCAAACAUGUUAGAAUUAACAAAGAGUUAUCAACAAAUGUUGUCUACUGAACAAACCAGAAGUUUCGACAAUUGUGCAACUAGUAUUGAUUUAAAUACAAAGAGAAAUGAAAUAUCUGUUUCAACAGUUGAUACUUCAAAUCAACUUAUAACUGUUCCUACUCAACCUGUAAAUUCUGGCAAUGAUAACAGCAUGAACAUUGAAGUACACCCUUUGAGGCAUGAAGAGAUAGGUGAAGAGAAUGCUAAUAAAACGAUUAAUGAAAAAUCUGAACAAUCGUUGGAUGGUAAUGAUACCAUUAGGGAAUUUCUGAAGGAAGAGGUUGGUGGUCCCUGUUGUGAAAUAGGAGAUAGGGUUGUUAAUGGUGAAUUAAUAGGAGGGGAUGUUUUAACCAAAACUUGUUCGUUUUUUAAUAAAAAACGAAUGUCACUGUUGAGAAAGUUGAGCGCUCGAAUAAGGAAAAAUAAAGCGAAACCGGUUGCGAAAGUUUCACGAUUACCGCAAACGUCGACGUGCCCAGUCAGUGAAUUGGCCAAGUUCAAGAACAUUCAGUCAACUGAUCUCUUGACAUUUAAGAUUCAAUCAGAUAAUUCAAAUUGGCUGAAUGCUCAAUCAAAUCAAGUGACACUGAGAAAAUUGUCAAACGGUACAGAAGUUAUUGUGUCGUCCAUGGACGACGACGUGAGAAGCUUUGCUUACAGUGCUCAAGAAAUUCUAAGUCCUAGACAAAUGAUAUCGUCAAUGACAAAUGUCUACGCGGAGCAAAGAGAUGCCGAAAAUCAUUUACGUAUGUCGGAACGAAAAUGUGAGUAUCAGAAAACACCGAAUAAUGUAAAAAGUAAUUCUUCAAUUGGUAGCAAUUUUCAAACUGAGAAGUUUAUAAGCUUUCAAGAUAUUGAGGAAAAGGUGGAGAACAGGAUAACGAGAAGUGGAUUUAUUACUAAUACAGAACGUGAACUUCUUGACAACAUAUUGGAUCAGCGUGGGGCAAAGUCAGAAGUUAAUGAAAGAUAUCCUGAAAAAUUGUUAGAAAAUAAGAAAAGUGAAAACAUUCAUUUUAAGAAUGAUAUUGAGAUUCGGGAUAUAUUAAAUAAGGAUACAACAAGAUCGAUGAAAAAUAAUGAAGUUUUGCAUAGAAGACACAGGGAUAAAAUAUACCAAAAUUCUAAACGGAUAAAAAGCCAGAUAGAGACUCAUCCUACAGUCACGAAAGAAAAUAAUCACCACACAGCUUCAAUGAUUUCAUUUAUUUGUGAAAGCUGCAAGCUUAGCAAUCAAGAUAAAGAAAAAGAAGAAACUAAUCCUUCUUUGUUAAUCGAUUCUAAUAAAUUUUAUAGACAGAAAUGUAAUUGCUCUAAAGAAUAUGUGCAAAGCGAUUACACUGUAUUAAAAACAACUAACAACGUCAAAAGUGUAUCUAACAAAUUCGAAUCAUCCAAAAGCUGUCGCCAUGAUAGUGCAUCGAAUCGUGUAAAUUAUUGCUCAAGAAAUAGUUUAAAAAAAUACAAUGAUAAUUUACCGCCUGAAGGGACCGCAAAUCAUUAUGUAAAUGUAAAUCCUUUAGCGCCUCAUAUUCAAAUGGAUAACAAAAACAAUAAUUCUAAUAGAAUUUAUUCUGAAAAUGGAAAUCUUACCUGCUGCGGUUUAAUCAUGUACGGCCAGAAAGAUUCCAGUCCCAGCACAAUCAGAGGUCAUUAUUGUAAUCGAACAAUUCCCGUUUGUGGAACAGUCAGUCAAGGGAUUUCGCCAAGAUACGAGCCAAAUUUCAUGUCACCUCCAUAUCACGAACAGGGUCCGUUUUGGUUGCAGCAUCCGCAAUAUAGACAGAGAUACGGGUACAAGCGUCAUUGUGAACAAGAAAAUUUACGCGUUCGUCAUCAUCAUUAUCAUCGGGACUUGAGACGACAAUUUUCCGCAUUCGACGACGGAAAUGUUGAUGAUCCUACGAGUCAUUUAGAAUUUUCACCACCACUUGUACUGAGAAGUUUAGCCAAGGCAGCCAAUAUUAUUCUGACAUCUAUAUUUGGACGAACAACAGUUCCUAUGUCAAACAGAACACAGCAGAGACAACAAUAUCGUCAAUCAAACCACCAUGAUUCAAUAAUAACGAUCAGAGAUAGAAGAGUAAAUCGAGAAGGAAUGUGUUGUAGAAGGAAUUCUGAAAAUUUCAAAGAGGCCCGCAAGACGCAGGAUCCACAAAGACAUUAAGAUAUUUCGAAAUAGGAGUUUUGUUUGUAAU